CCACCACAAUCCAAUAUGGCAGCUGCAAACGUGGAGAGAAAGUUUGAUUUUGUUGUUGUUGGUGGCGGAAUAGCUGGCGUCUCAUGUACGGAGUAUUUAUCAACCCUGAAUGGAGAAAAGAAUAUAUGUCUUAUUUCCGGUACAGAUUUAGUAAAAUCGGUUUCUAACGUGAAGAAACUUUCGCAAACUUUAGAAGAAUACGACGUAACAGAACAACCUCUGCAUGCGCUUGUUCGUCGUAACGUCACCGUCGUCAAGGCAACCGUGGUAAAUUUUAACCCUGAAGCGCAUAAAGUGAUGACAAGUGAUGGCAAAGAAUAUGUUUACAAGAAAUUGUGUAUUUGUACUGGAGCUCGACCAAAGCUUAUUUCCGAGGAAAAUGAACAUGUUAUUGGGCUAAGAGAUUUACAAAGUGUUGAAUACUUUCAGAAACGACUUUCAACUGCCAAGAGGGUGGUCAUUGUUGGUAAUGGAGGCAUUGCGUUGGAGUUAGCAUAUGAACUGCAGGGAUGUGCUGUCGUCUGGGUGAUAAAAGAUGAUACCAUUGGCAAUGCAUACUUUGACAAAGGAGCAGCUCAUUUUUUCUUAGCAUCCACGAGCAAGCACUAUGUAAGUUUUGAAAGCAAAACAAAGUUGACAAAGAUGUUACCACAAGACAAACUUUGCAACUCAUCAGUACCUAUGAGUUCAGGUGAGGGGUCAAUGUAUGCUGCUGCCCUUGGUCAAAGUUGGAAAGAUGACCUCAAUAUGGGUAGUGAUGAAGUAUGCAGGAAAAAUGUUAUUGUUGAAUAUUCGACUGAAGUAAAAGCGCUUUUAAAUUGUGAACAGUUCAAAGAUUUAAACAAUGGUGAAAUUGAUAAAAAUAACUGGAAUAUUUUCGUCGAACUGAGCAAUGGUAAAAUCUAUGGUUGUGACUUUUUGGUUUCUGCAACGGGAGUUUUACCGAAUACCGAACCUUUUACGAAACAUUCCGAUCUCAAAAUCGCCGACGAUGGUGGGAUUAUUGUUGAUAAAUGCAUGAGGACAAAUCUCAAUGACGUGUUUGCGGCGGGAGAUGUUUGCAAUGCAUCAUGGGAGCAUUCUGAGUACUGGUUUCAAAUGCGGCUGUGGACACAAGCCAAUCAGAUGGGAGCAUAUGCUGCGAAAUGCAUGAUAUCUGACCUGGGGGAGACGGAGAACUUUAUGGAUUUUUGUUUUGAAAUGUUUGCGCAUGUCACUUCGUUCUUUGGCUUCAAGGUAAUACUACUGGGUAAGUAUAACGGUCAAGGACUGGGCUCUGAUUACGAAGCAUUGCUCCGUUGCACCAUGGGACGGGAGUAUGUUAAGGUGGUUUUACACGAGGGUAGGAUUCACGGAGCUUUGCUGAUUGGUGAAACGGAACUCGAGGAGACCUUGGAGAAUUUAAUUUUAAAUCAAAUGGAUGUGAGUCAGUUUGGAGAGGAUUUGCUGAACCCGGACAUUGAUAUUGACGAUUUCUUUGAUUAACAUGCGUGGGAUUUUGUCCCUCAAGCGAACUUCCUCGCGUGGUUCUCACGACAUAAAUUAUGCUAGUGAAUGGAUGAAUGACGAAUACUGCAGUAUUUAUAUCGUGGACAUCGUAAUACGAUCAAUUUGACCAUAAGCGUACGGGACGGGGGCAGCUACCCUCCCCCCCCCAAAAAAAGUUUAGUUUGAAGAUUGAAAAUUUUGGCAAAUUUUAAACGUUAGUCGGGCGAAAAUAUGGCGAAACCUUCAUUGCGUGCUGUAGAAAAUAUUUACUAAAGCUCCCGAACGCCUAUGAAUUUGACAAUAAUUAAUCGUCUAAUCUUUCGAAUUUCGUUUCAAUGUAAAAUGUUCAUUGAGGCGUUCAUAUAUCAUUCAAUCAAAUUUAAAAUUAAGGAUCAAAGACCUUUAUGAUUGGAUGAGAUAGAAAGUUUGCAACAA